AAACCGAUAAAACACUUUCCCAACUAGCAGACGACUGGCUAUUCUUAUCAGUAGUAUUUCGAGUACAGAUAACCGGUUGCGUAUCUCAUUGUAUAAAUCGUAUGUAAAAUGGUCUGACAUAUGGACUAUGAUGGAAAUGCUUGGUUAACAAAUUUACAGUAAAUAAUUAUUGAAAUAAUGGGUCAGUUGUUGAUAAGAUCAGCAAAGAGCAGUCAAAAAAAUACAUCCCCAGAUACAGAAGACGGGUACCAGUACUUGUUUAAGGCAGUUCAAUCUGGUAAUGUUCACCAAUUAAAACGUUUUGUAGACUUGAAACCUGGACUUAAAAUUGAAGAUAUUAGAAAGGAAGGUAAAUCACUGCUACACACUGCCGUUAUUCAUCACCAGUUAGACUGUAUGCGCUAUAUUUUGGAAUUAGGCUUGGAUGCAAAUGUCCAGGAUAGCUUUGGGCGUUCUGCUUUAAUAGAACUUAUUGAAAAUAAAGCUAAGGAUAGAGUUUGUCUGGCAUCUCAUAAUCCAAGGUGCCUAGAGAUACAGCUUAUUCUAUUACUGAAAUUCAAGGCAGACAUAAAUGCAAUAAGUACUGUCGGAAGGACAGCAUUGCUAAAAUCUAUCAUUUACAGACACCCGCUUACCGAGCUAUUGCUACAACAUGGAGCUGACCCUAAUUUAGCAGACAAAGAUGGCCUAUUACCAAUUCAUGUUUGCGCCACAUAUUCUUGCCUUCAGUUACUAAAGCAGAUCUUGAAAUGUGGGGCAGACAUAAAUGGACAAGACAGUAAAGGAAGGACAGCCCUCUAUUUCUCAGUGCUAGCUGGACAUCAAGACAUAUUUAAUGAAUUGAUUUCUCAUCAAUGUGACAUCAAUAAAGGAUCCAAGUAUGGAUUCCCAUUACAAACUGCCGUAGUUAAAGGGCGGUUAGAAAUGGUUCAAGCUUUACUUCAAAUGGGUUUGCCGAUGUUCAGUCUAAAGUUUGUGAGUUUAGGCAGCCCAUAUUCAAGGACCA